AUGCCUAAAGCGAAAUUCAAGUCAGUCAUAUCGACACGGAGGAGUGCAAAGAGGGCACGGGUUGCAGCGCCGCAGCCCACAGUUCAACCUGAGCAAGUUCCAACCUCGGCAUUAGCAUCAACGGUACAAACACCCCCAGCAGCUAGUGCAUCCGUAACAUCACAGGUGGUUGAACUUCCCCAGCUUAGUCUUUCCGCAACAUCCCAAACAGCCUUACCCAACAACGCUGUAACACAACCACAGGCAGUCAUGGUACCGGAAAUGAAUGCCAGUACUUCAGGAGCGGGAACUAGCAGUUCACAAGGUACUGUUGAGAGUGGUAUUGGCAUGCAAACAGUGUUGUCAAGCUCAGUUCAACCUUCUAUGACAAAUUCAACACAAUUUUCAUUAGGAUAUCAUGUCGAUAACUCAACCAAACAAAAGAUAGCUAACGGGGAGUAUGUUAAUUUUGCUAAUUUACUGGUUAGGGACCCUAGUAAAUUUCAGCUAUCAGCAUUAACUAUGAACGCGCAGGGUCAUAUAAUUGCUCAACCAAAGAACGCUAACAAAAUCACUUCAAUUGAAAAGUGGACAGAUGCCUUUUUGAUUUUUUCUAGUAUUUUUCUCGCAGCGCACCCUAGUAAAACACAGCAAUUGCUCAAGUACUUGCAUGAUGUCAGAUUAGGGGCUGAGAAAUCACAGGGUUGGGUUACAUACGACGAGCAGUUUAGGUUACGCAUGGCAUUAAAUCCAAAUGGUAAUUGGGGGGUAAUAGAUAACGAAUUGUGGCUGGUUUACAUGUCACUUUCUGUAGCAGUCAAUAGCCAAAGGACAUCCACGUAUUACAAAUGCUUUGAUUACAAUUACAAGGGCAAAUGUACCAGAUUACAGUGCACGUAUGCACAUCGCUGUACGAAGUGCAGUGAGAUGCACCCCGCAUUACUUUGCGUAAAUGCACAAGCAACUCCGGCUCCAAAUGUACCAAAUAUCAAUCGCACAUUUCGGUCAAACACUUCAGCAGGUCAGCAACCCCAGUUUCAAACUCCAUACCAGUUCUAUGCUAGAAGGCAAACAGGGCCACAAGCAAGACAUUUGGGACCUGGGCGUUUCCCCAAUAAGAAUUAAUUCAGUCCACAAAUAUUUGGAUAAAUACCCUGAUAUGUCGGCGGCCAAUUUUUUAAGGGAGGGUCUGAUCAAAGGUUUCAAGUUACAAUAUGCGGGCCCACGCAGUUCAGUAUUUAGCAAAAACUUGGUAUCUGCAAUUCAGCAUGCCGAUAUUUUACAGGAAAAAAAUAGAUAAUGAAGUUAAGGAGGGGCGGGUGGCAGGUCCAUAUGAAAAUCAACCAAUACACAAUUUGCACGUAUCCCCAGUAGGAGUGGUUCCGAAAGCUGAUAGCGGUUGGCGAAUGAUAAUGCAUCUUUCACACCCACCGUCAAUCAGCAUCAAUCAUAAUAUCGAUCCAGCAUACACUGCCGUCAAGUAUACAUCCUUUGACACAGUGGUACAAACAAUAAGUAAAAUGGGAAAGGGGGCAGUCAUUGCAAAAUGUGAUGUUAAA